AAAACAUUGUUUAAAUAAAGGGAGAGGAGGAUUACCUUGUUUCUGUCGGUAUGGUGCCAAUGCUUUUGUUGUUGAAUUGGGGAUUUCGCAUGGGUUCUGUUUCUUUUCUAGUUCUAUUUCUUCUCUCUCACUCUGUGCUUCUUUCUUCUGCUGAAGAAGAAAGGAAACACCCUCCAACUUGUCCACCCUUUGACUGUGAAAAACUGGGCCGGCUUCACUUUCCCUUCAAAAAUGAAACAAACUCAGAAUGCGGAUUGUGCACAAUAGUACGAUGUACUGAAGAGCUUCCACGGAUCCAACUGGAAAGGGGCGGAAGAUAUUUUGGGUUGAAAAACAUCUCUCAGGCUGAUACCAUAGUAAUUCAAGAUGAGCGGCUUCAAGAGCACUUGCAACGCGGCAUAUGUGAAUUCAUUGAUAACUUAACUCGUUUCCGUUCUCCUUCUGUUUCUUUCAAACCAGUACCCCCUCUAGCCGAACUAACCCUGUUCAAAUGCCACCGUAAUCUCAAUAUUGAUCUUACUACAGACCAUACUUAUACCGGUUGUCAAGACUACAUUAUCCACUAUAAUCAUCCAAAUCAUACUUCCCUUCUUCCACCUCUACCUCAUAAUCAACCAAACCAUACUCCCACUCUUCCAGCUCCACCUCCACUGGACUGUUCUAUUAUUCAGUAUCCAAUAAACAUGAGUUUAGGAAUGGACAACCUGGUUGCCCUGUUGACUUCUGAUAUCACUCUUGAAGUGCAUCUGUCCCGCGAAUGUCGGAAGUGUCACUUUAGUGGAGGCCAAUGCCGAGAUGACGAGGGAAAAUUCCGGUGUGCACAUACAGGGAAUGACAAGACACUGAAGCUAGCCCUAGGAUUAGCCAUCUCAAUUACUGGAAUCGGAAUCCCGUUAGCACUAACUUUCUACUUCAGCAAAAAAUUCAGAUCAAUCUUCAAGGAGAAGCAAACAGGGAAUCAUCUAAAUGUAGAGACCUUUUUAAGAAACCACGAAUCCCUAGCUCCAAAGAGAUAUCGUUAUUCAGAAGUUCAAAAAAUGACAAGCUCAUUCAAAGAUAGAGUAGGAGAAGGAGGAUAUGGUGCAGUGUACAAAGGAAAGCUCCUCAACGGUGAUCUAGUGGCUGUGAAGGUCUUGAGUGAAACAAAAGGCAAUGGAGAAGAAUUUAUCAAUGAGAUUGCAAGCAUUAGUAGGACUUCCCAUGUCAACAUCGUGAGUCUCCUAGGCUUCUGCUUUCAAGGUUCAAAAAGAGCUCUAAUUUAUGAGUUCAUGCCUAAUGGGUCUCUAGAGAAGUUCAUAUAUGACAAAAAUUCUUCAAUGACAUAUGACAAAUUAGGGUGGGAAACAUUGUACAAUAUUGCCAUUGGCAUAGCUCGAGGCCUAGAGUACUUACACCGAGGUUGUAACACACGAAUUUUACAUUUGGACAUAAAGCCUCAUAACAUUCUUUUAAAUCAGGAUUUUUGCCCAAAAAUCUCUGAUUUUGGUCUUUCAAAGCUAUGUACUCGAAAAGAGAGCAUCGUUUCCAUGUCAGGUGCAAGAGGAACUGCCGGAUAUAUUGCUCCUGAGGUAUUCUGUAGGAAUUUCGGAGAUGUCUCCCCCAAGUCCGAUGUUUACAGCUAUGGAAUGAUGGUUUUAGAAAUGGUUGGUGGAAGAAAGAAUAUUGAUGAUGGAAUUAACCAUACCAGUGAAAUAUAUUUUCCUCAUUGGAUAUACAAGCGCCUUGAAUUAGAUGAAGAACUUGGAUUGCAGGGGUUUAUGAAUGAGGAGGAAAGAACGAGUGCAAGGAAGAUGAUAAUAGUGAGCUUGUGGUGCAUACAAACCAACCCCUCAAAUCGGCCACCAAUGAAUGGAGUGGUAGAUAUGUUGGAAGGAAGCCUUGAAUCAUUGCAAAUCCCACCAAAGCCUUUCUUGUAUUCUCCUCCAAGAUCAAUGAGGGAUUUAUCGAUUGCCUCUGUAUCAUGAAGUUGCUCAUCUGUAAUGUAUAUACAUGUAUGUCCUUUUUUUUUCCUGCAAGUUGAUUUCAAUUUAUUCCAGAUUUGAAGUUCUGAAUGAUGGAUAACUAAUGCUCUUUCAAGUCUAGACAUUUUUACUACAUGUCAUUUCAAAUUGUUAGUUGAUGAUAAUCAAAUUCCUCUAUAAGUUAAUUUUGUGGAUCA